CUUAUUGUUCAUUCAGAAGUUUCAUUGCUGUUGUUGUUGUUGUUUGUUUUUGUGAAUCCUGAGGACAAAAAACCCCCUCAAGAUUUCUGUUGGUUUAGUGAAAGCAGUGAGAACGUAGCACUGUUUCCCCAGAGGAACACUGAGCAGUAUCAGCCGGAAAGGAACAGGGCGUUUAACACGGACAGCCAUCAUGUCCACAGAGGAAAUGACAAGAAGACUCAAAGAAGAGCUGAUCUGCUCCAUUUGCUUGGGAUAUUUCAGUGACCCAGUCUCCAUACAUUGUGGGCACACCUUCUGCCGAGCUUGCAUUACUAAAUAUUGGCAUUGGAUGAAAAAAAACCACUUCCACUGCCCUCGGUGUAGAGCAACCAGCCGGAAAAAAAUCCUGAAGCCCAACCGGGAGCUGAGAAACAUUGCCGAAAUUGUCCCAAAGCUGAAUGAAAAGACGGAAGAAAAAGGAAAGAUGAGAGGGAGGAUGUGUCAAAGGCACCAGGAGCCGCUGAAACUUUUCUGUAAAAAUGACCGAAUGGCGAUCUGCAUGGUGUGUGACAAAUCUAGAGAGCACAAGGACCACAUGAUGUUUCCUGUGGAGGAGGCCAUCCUAGAAUAUGAGCAAGAAUUCCAAGACCAGCUGGUAUCUUUGAAGAAAGAAAAGGAAAAGCUCCUUACAUUUCAGGCGGUGAAUUCAGCGAGGAGCGAAGAGGCCCUGCUCGUCUAUCUUCAGAACUACAGAAAGAACCUCAUGAGUUUCCAACAAAUUUUGAAAAAGAAACAAAGUGGCAGUAAGUUUUUCCUUCUACCUACAGUUCUGUAA